UCAUUUAUUCCUGGGACCGGUUUAACGGGUCACAGACUGAGAGAGAGAGAGAGGGGGAGAAAGAGAGAAUGGCAUGGAGUCUCAUUCUUCCUGUUUUCCUGGCGUUACCUUUCUUGCUUUCCCAUUCCUCUGCUCUUGAUCUUCCCCGAGUCCGUGAAGAGAGUUACAAUGUUAAAUUGAGGACGACUAAGUCAGCUGACACGGGAUCCAUCAUACAACUUGUUCGAUCCGAUAGGUUCGAUCCCUCACGCGUCACUCAACUGUCGUGGCGACCAAGGGCUUUCCUGUAUAGUGGUUUUCUCUCUGACGAGGAAUGCGACCAUCUUAUGGCAUUGGCAAGGGACCAUCUUCAGAAAUCUAUGGUGGCUGACAACGAGUCAGGAAAGAGCAUCAUGAGUAACAUCCGCACUAGUUCGGGAAUGUUUUUGAGUAAAGGGCAGGAUGAGGUUGUUCAAAGGAUUGAGAAUAGAAUUGCUGCUUGGACCUUGCUUCCAAAAGAAAAUGGUGAGGCCAUUCAGAUACUUCGGUAUCAAAAUGGAGAGAAGUACUCCCCACAUUUUGACUACUUUCAUGAUAAAGCUAAUCAAGAGCUUGGCGGUCAUCGGGUUGCCACAGUGCUCAUGUAUUUAUCUAAUGUCACAAAGGGUGGCGAAACCGUCUUUCCCAAUUCACAGGACAAGGAGACUCAGAUAAAGGACGAUUCGUGGUCUGAUUGUGCACGAGAUGGUCUUGCAGUAAAACCAACAAAAGGCGACGCAUUGCUCUUUUUCAGCCUCCACCCUGAUGCUACCACUGAUACAGAGAGCCUUCACGGUAGCUGUCCAGUGAUUGAAGGAGAGAAGUGGUCUGCAACAAAAUGGAUUCAUGUUAGAUCCUUCGAUCUGUCCUUGAAGAAGCCACAACCAUCGAAAGAACAUUGCACUGAUGAGUCUGAACAUUGUCCUCAGUGGGCAGCGAUGGGGGAGUGUGAAAAGAACCCUAGUUACAUGAUCGGCUCUCCUGACUAUUAUGGUUCGUGUAGGAGAAGCUGUAAGGUUUGUUAGAAAAGUCAUGUUCACUGAUCAACUGUAGUGUACAAUCUUUUCCUUAGCUAGUGUUUUUCCGGAGUAUUCUGUAUCUUUAUUACUACUUCAAAUCAUAAUUAUUAUGAAGGCAGAAGCGAGUGCAGUCUUGAACAGAAUUAGUUUCCUUGCCAAUAAAUUUUGAGGCAUGUCUAUUAUACAAAUCCUGAUUAUUAUUUCAA